AUGACUUGCAUUGGUCCGCUGAGCGAGCGAGCGAGGGCGGACGAGCGAGACUGUAGUACUAGUACAAUACAAUACUGUAUGCACGUACAAGUACCCAUCUCAUCUCCUGUGGCUACAAGUCCAGUCCUCUCUGCCCCAUUGUACACAGCCAAAGUGGGACAAAUCCCGUGCGCGAAUUUGCCAGGCCCCCCUCGUGGCUUCAACCAAUCACCGUCCUGCAUCGCCGAAAACGGCUUCCGGCUUUCGUCAACCGUCUCCACUAGAGCCAACCAGCCAACUUUUUACGGUGUUGCCCACAACGGCUGGCUCAUGUUUUAG